AAUCAUGAUGUUUAAUGAAUUAAUUUUUGUAUUGAGCUAACCAACAGGAUUUUCAGCUUAUGAGUAUGAAAAAUAUAUGUUAAAGUAAAUGGCGAUUUCAUCAAAAUUAUCAGCUCAUUUACAGUAUUUGUGGAUUGUAGUAUUAAUUGCAUGCAUUCAAAGUGCAGUAUGUCAGUUAAGUAAUAAUAAAGAUGAUCUGUUGAAUUGGUGCUUGGACAGUGUGAAUCAUAAACAUAAGCCAGGUAAAGAAGAUACAUUGCAUGAACAGUGCCUUCCCUGGAAAGAUCAUGCUUGUUGUACAAAUGAAGUAGCUAUCAUGGUCCAUGAAACAAAUUUGUACAACUUCUCUCUUGAUCACUGCUUUUCUCAGACUGGUUCUAAUAUGUCUGAUAAGUGUCGAAGACAUUUUAACCAAAAUAAUUGUUUUUAUGAAUGUGAACCUCAUAUUGGUCUGUGGGUUGUCAAGACAAAGAGAAAGAUAGCUACUGAGAGAUUUUAUAAGGUUCCUCUUUGUGCAAGUGAUUGCAUUUCAUGGUUUGAAGCAUGCAAAGACGAUUUUACUUGUGCUUACAACUGGCCUAGAGAUUUCAAGUUCAGUAAAGGUCAUAAUACAUGCAAAGAGAAAGCCAAGUGUAACACUUUUAAACAGGUUUAUGAAACUGCUAAAGAUUUCUGCGAGAAUGUUUGGGAUGAUUCCUGGGUCUAUACACCAGAUGAUCAGCCGUGUAUGCGUAUAUGGUUCAAUGGUUCCAGUGUUAACCCAAAUAGAAAAAUUGCAGAAUAUUACAUUAACAAACAUUUUGAUGGAGGAAGUGUAAAUACCAUUUAUAUUUGGCUGAUUUUCUUAUCUUUGAUUAGUCAUUUUAGUUGGACAAAAUACAGUUCUCUUUGAAGUGGUCUCAUAUUUUGUAUUGAUUGUUGAAAUUUAAUUUAUUUGGGCAGAUACUUUGUGUUGUAUACUUUUAGGGGUUGUAUAUUCUCUGUGAUAAAAGGAUUGUUUUGGAUAUAUGUAGUCUUAAUAGGAAGUCUUAUAUCUUGCAUAAGUCAGGACCAAACUAUUUUUUAAAAGAAGUCGUUUUAUGCGAAGAGUUUUUAAUGAAUAAAACAAAUUUAUCAAAAUAAUGUAUUAUAAAAUGUUAGCAUACUUUUUUUAUUAUAUUUAAAAUAUUAUAAAAUUAAAAUUGUGUUACGUGUAUUUUUGGAAUUUAUAUAUUUUGUUUCCUGAAACCGAAUGAAAAGUUAUGACACAUCUUAAUAUCUUGUAUUUAGAUAAAAUUUGGAAAUGGUUCUAUUAUAUAUUAUAAUGUAUGUAUAGUUGAACUGAUUACAUAUUAAAAAUUAGAUGUGAUUUAAAAUCACAGUCUAAUUUUUUGAUGUGGAAAAUUUUAUAUCACAGUCUAACUUUUAAUUAAUUAAUGAUUUAAUAUCACAAUCUAAUUUUUUAAUAUUUAAAAUGUUCUGUUUUCCUUAUGAAAUUUAUUUACAGUGUUUAUAUAAUUAUAAUUUAUAUCUCAUGUGAAAGAGUUGUGAAGUUGUAUUUUGUAGCACAUAAAUGCAAAUAUUGUUUAUUAUAAAACAGAUCUAUCCUGAGUCUGAUUUUGUCAGCAACUUCCUGGGCCCCCCCCCCUUUGAUCCCUUUUUGUUUCUAACACAAAUUUUUGUGGUGGUUUUUUUUUUUUUUUUUUUUUUUUUUUUUUUUUUUUUUUUUUACAUUUAUUCUGAGGGAUAUAUUGUCCCCUGCAUUGUAAUAUGUACAAUGAAGUUUUACUAUUAAUACAUACCUUCUGCAUGCACUCAAAAAAAAAUUAUGGCUGCCAAAAACUGAAUCAAGUCUGUGAAGUUCUACUCUUAUUAAACCAGGUCCAUUUUAUGCUAGACAUAAAUUAGCUUUUUUCAUUAGUUGUUACUGCAAAUCAGUUAGUGAGGUCAUUACUGACAGGUAAAAUCUGAGUUUUGCAGGCAACAGAAUACCUGGAACUCAAUAAUGUGCAACAUGACAUUUAUAUAGUUUCCUUGCCAAAAUAAAGGAUUGCAUUACCUUCUAGCACAAAUCAUUACUGCCAUGCCAUUUGUAAAAGGGUUUAGAUAAUCUGCAUAUGUUGCUUUUGCCAAAGACUUCAAUAUCUGGGACUACCCCACACCAAGAAAAAGGCCAUUUCUAACUUUUGAUAUGAUAUUAGUCGUCAAUGUCCUUUAAAGCAAAUUUGCACAUGGGAAUUACAUGCCUAUAACCAACAUUUGUGAAAAUGAAGAUUAUUUAGGGACUUGUAUAUGUAUGCUAUGCAUAAUUCAUUGCUUUUGAUUAUGUGAAUUACGCAUUUUUUUUUUUAAACAGAAAGGGUUUGAAUUCAAAUAAAUACCUUUUUUAUGUUUAACUGGAUGGUAUAUUUAAUAGUCCAAAUGCAAUGAAUGACACAACUGCAAUGAAAUUUGCAAUUGUAAUUUCUUAAUAUGCAUUCUCGAAAUCUGUCAAUCCAAAAGAACUUGCUGGUAGAAAAGGAGUUACAGAACUUUACGCUCUAAUCUAUUGGAAUGCUGUUAAUUAAUGUUGGCUGCAGCUAAGCUCUUGUAUGCUUCUUCAUAAUAGCCCUGUUUAAUCUAUUAUUCACUUCAAUCCAGUUUAAAGACUGAGCUUAUAUCAAAGAUUCAGUGUGGUCCAAUACUUGCUAGGUUUUCAAACUGACCCUCAAAGAUUCAGUAUUAUUUAUUAUCAGAUAUCACAAUGCUACUUUUUUCACCUUCAGAAAAGCAUAUGAAAUGACAGUUUUCUUUAAUAAUUCUCCCCUUCUAAAGUAUUCAUUUUCCUGUUAUCUGAAGUUAGAAAGUAGGGAUUUUAAAUAAUAUUUACACGUAUCAUCUUGCUUUCUUUGUAACAGAUACUAAAAAUUGACUAUACAAAUUUAUGUAAAUAAUUAUUUGCUUUGUUUAUAUAUUUUGAUUACAAUUAGUGAUCUGUAGCAAAGAUAUUUCUAACUAUCCAUUACAUAAAUAAGUUGUAACUUACUUCAUAGUUCAGCUUCUAAAUCACUUCAUUAAAUGAAAAUUAUCUGUAUUAAAAAGUUUAAUUAUAUUGAUUGGUUUUAUUAGUAGAUAAGUGAAAAUUAUUUUGUAACUUGAUGUUUUCAGAAACAAUUUUCAAUAUACUUUAAGUUAAAAAGUCAAUUAAGGUAUAUUAAUUAUUAAUUUCUGUAUUAAUUAGUUUGAAAGUAGAGAAUAAAGCUAAAAGAUUUUUAACAGAUAAAAUGUUCACUUUUUUUCUUAAUUAGAAAAUCAGUCAUUUUUGAAGAGUUAUAAUAAAACAUAUUUAAUAAAAUUUAUAAACCAGGUUUUCUUUUAAUUAAUCAACUUUAAUUAAACGUUUGGUCUUGUGCAUUUUUCAAUUAGAAUGCAAUCUGUGUUAUGUUUCGAAAUGAAUACACAAGAAAUGUUUUUGGUUUUCUUCGCUACAAGAUAAUUAAAACAUACAGUGUUUCAGAAAUAAUCUAGAGAACAUCAAUAAAGGUAAAAGCUAGUAAGUAAUUCUAAUUGUUUGCAUUAAAAAUGUAAUUAUAGUUUUGCCAUCAUCAUUACUUUUAAACUUUGCAUUCAGUUCUUUUAUAUACAUACUUUUUUUAAUAAGUAAAUUAUUCUCCAAAUUUUCUUUAUAAUAUAGCCAUCUAAAUCACAGGUAAUUAUCUACAAAAUUCAAUACAUUUCCUCACAUUACUGCUGACACAGCACAGUACAGAUGCAUUGCUAUAAGUUGUAAUAAAAAAUGCAGAUGCUAAAGAAACUUUACAUAUCACAUAGUAUAUAACCAUUGAUCCUGUAAACCAAAUAUUGUGUACUUGACUAUUCUGUAUUUCAUUCAUUUAUGAUAGAAAUUUAUAUUUGUUUAGCUCAGUUUGAUCUAAUAAAAAUAUUGCAUUUUGUAA